GCUAUAUCUCAAUAGAAAAAGAAAAUGAUUGGAUCGGUUUCAGAACAGAUAGAAAUGAGCGUUCCAGCAAGCCAAGCAUGGGAGGUUUACAGCUCCCUGAUGCUCGCGAAAAUCAUCGAAGAAAAACUCCGUAAUCUCGCAGAUAGACUCGAGAUUGAAGGAGACGGAGGAGUCGGAACCUUAAUCAAAAUCAUAUUUCCUCCAGGAGCAUUUGGAUUCAACUCGUAUACAGAGAAAUUUACUAAGAUCGAUCACGAGAAGAGAGUUAAGGAAACGGAGGUAGUUGAAGGAGGUUACCUGGAUUUAGGUUUCGAUCUGUUCCGUGUGCGAUUUGAGGUAAUCGAGAAGGAAGAUGAUUCGCCGCCGUCGUGUAUCAUCAGAUCUACGAUUGAGUAUGAAAUUAAAGAAGAAUUUGCCGCCAAUGCUUCUUUCGUUAACAUUCAAACGCUCGUUGAGGUUAUGCAAGCCGUCGCUGAUUUCUUCAUCGCCGAGAACAAUAAAUAGUCUGAAAAGUUUUGA